UGUCACUUUGGACAAAAGCAUAUGCUAUAUAAAUUAAAUUAGGUUAAAUUAAAAUGUCUUAUACCAUGUAACUCCAUAACAGCCUCAGCAUUUCAGAAACUUUCAUACACUGAAAAUGGGUAUCAUAGCAUAGCAUGGUAUUUGGUGGGUAGCAUAAUGUCUCUAAGUAAAAGAUACAAACAGCACCAAAAACCAUCUUCUGACACUGAUAUUGCAAAAAUAUCAUGUAGCUGAGAAGUCAGCUUGUCUGCAGAUUUCAGUACAAAGCCUGCUGCACUCAAGGCAUUCUUGCAUUUUCACAUUUUGAUUUCCAGCAGGAUUCAGUCCCGCAGUCAUGGAGUACCAAGCCAACGUGAUGACCAGCCAGCCUCAGGUCACCAUCACCAGCUACACCAUGACCUCCCAGUCUUCGGAAUGGAGCUCGAACUUGUGUGACUGUUGUCAAGACUGUGGCAUCUGCCUUUGUGGAGCAUUCAUCCCCUGCGUCCUGGGCUGUAAGGUAGCAGAGGACCAUGGGGAAACCUGCUGCCUGGUCUUCCUGCCUGGUGCAUUAGUUGCCCUAAGAACCAGCAUCCGAGACAAGUACAGAAUCUCUGGAUCUAUAUGUGGUGACUGGGUUGUCAUGUCUUGUGUGCCUCUAUGUGGACUCUGUCAGAUGGCAAGAGAGCAAAGGAUGAGAAGCUGAUCAUGUGACUCAGAAGGGAGGGGCCAUGUGAAACUACAAUGGCUGAAAUGUUCCACUCGCCAUCAUCAGCUGGUCACAGCUUUUUGUUGGACAUUCACUGAUUUUAAGUUCUAACUAAACUUAAUCUAGCUAAACUGUUCUAACUAAUUUUAAGUAAAUUCUGUUAAGGUGAAUCUAAGAUAUGACAAUGUCCACAGAUUAAAUCAUUACAAUUCAGUUAAUAUUCAUGUUAAUACAGGAUUUUAUUAGUCAGUGAUUGUUAUAGAAGUUAUUCCAAUAAGCCCUUUUUUGUAAUUCUGACCAUAGCAUCACAUUAUUUUAACAGCUGUCUGAAACGUCUGACAUAUCUUACAGUAUUUUACAAUGAUAUCUGUGUCAUGGAAUGCAGGUGUACCUACAUGAAAAACAGUCUGAAAAAUGCUGGCAGAAAAGCAGAUUAAUUAAGAUAAAUCAAAUGGUAAAUUACAAUUAAUUACAAAUAAUAA